UCUAUUAUUCCAACACAGCAGCAAUAUCAGCUGUGUGCGGGUGGAAGGAUGCUGAUGCUGCGGCUCAUUGAUGCUUUCUGCAUCGCCUGCUCGCCCUGACUGCAGCUUCCAGUCUGCGAGCUGCACCGUGGAAGGGAGAGGCUGGGACACUCGCCCGCUUAAGUUUGUCCCUGCCGAGCCACUGUCCACAUGGGAGAUCACGUGUCCAAGCGACUGCAGCUGAUGGCGAAUGGAGCGAACAUGGAGGAGCGAUCUUUUACGAAUCCUUACCCGGACUAUGAUCAACAUCAACAACCAUCAUCAUCACCGCUGGACCAUGAAGGACAAGUGAGCUCAGCUUUCCAAAGGAAGGUGCAGAGUAAAAUCAAAGAUUUGCUUCAGCAAAUGGAAGAGGGGCUAAAGACUGCUGACCCUCAUGAUUUCUCGACUUACACUGGUUGGACAGGGAUUGCUUUGCUGUAUCUGCAGCUGCACCGUGUGUCCAAUGAGGCUUCCUAUCUGCAAAGAGCACUGGACUAUGUCAAGCGAUCAAUGAGAAUUUUGAACGGGCGCAAAGUGACGUUCCUCUGCGGUGACGCCGGACCGUUAGCAGUGGGUGCAGUGGUCCAUCACAAGCUGGGAAACACUGCUGACAGCAAAGACUGUCUCACCAAGCUCCUCCAGCUGCAGCAGUCAGUGCUGAGUACAGAUCCUGAGAUGCCGGAUGAGUUGCUGUAUGGACGAGCAGGGUAUCUGUACGCUUUGCUAUACGUUAAUGACCAAAUAGGAGGCGGUACUGUGGAUGACGACACCAUUGCACAAGUAGUGACUGUAAUCAUCCAAUCAGGGAAGAAUCUGUCAGCGGAGCUAAAGAAGUCCGAACGCUGCCCGCUGCUUUAUGAAUGGCACAAGAAACAAUACAUCGGGGCUGCACACGGAUUGGCUGGAAUCUUUGACAUGCUCAUGCAGCCUGGAGCAAAGGUACAUUCAGACACGCUCUCAGAGUUGGUUCGCCCCAGUAUAGACUACAUCCGACACAAGAGAUUCCGUUCUGGUAAUUUCCCAUCAUCGCUGAGCAACGAGAGCGACCGAUUGGUUCACUGGUGCCACGGAGCGCCUGGAGUCAUCCACAUGCUCAUCAUGGCUUACAAGGUGUUUGAAGAGGAGAAGUACCUGAAGGAAGCGGCAGACUGUGGCGAGGUCAUCUGGCAGAGAGGACUCCUGAGAAAAGGCUAUGGCAUCUGCCACGGCACCGCUGGCAACGGCUACGCCUUCCUGUCUCUGUACAAGCUAACCAAGGAGAAGAAGUAUCUGUAUUGGGCCUGCAAGUUUGCUGAGUGGUGUUUGGACUAUGGGACCCACGGCUGCCGCAUCCCAGAGAGACCCUACUCGCUUUUUGAAGGUAUGGCAGGCACCAUCCACUAUCUGUCGGAUAUGGCCGCUCCUGAAGCUUCCCGCUUUCCUGCUUUUGAACUUUGACCUGCCAACUGCUGGAAAGCAGUUGAAAAGAAGAAAAGAUUAGGGAUGAUGUUCGAAACCGGUCCUCCCGGUUGUUCGAUAAGAAAAGAACCGUUCGAUAAGAAAAUAACCGAUUCCAUAGACUCGAAUCCCCUUUUGAGAACCGGUUCCCGUUAUCGAGGCCACUAUAGUAAAGAAAAAGAGUUGGUUCUUUAUUCGAAUCCCAUCCCACAAGAAAUGCCCUGUGUGACAUCAC